GGUCGUGGGCUAGCCACGCGGCCAGGCGGCGCACGAAAACUUCCAAAAACGCCACAUCUUAUAAAGAGGGAGGGGAACGACCACCGGCCGCAGCGCCCCCACCAUUUCCCCCCAAAUCGGCUCACUCCCUCUCUCCUUGCCGCAUCGUCUCCCCCUCGUCUCCAUCGCCCCGCCACUGCACCUACUCGCUCAACCCCACCGCCUCCCUCUCUCCGGUGGGUUCUCUUAGGCUUCGAUGGCGCAAGGUGGUGGCGCUGCCGCCACUGCGCACGGAGUUGCGGUCGAGGCCGCGAACACCGCGGCAGAUGCCGUCCAAGAAGUGGCCGCCGUCGGCAGUGCGGGAGAUGCUGCACCCGCAGUCGCUGGAUCGGUCGCUGCGGCGGCGGAUCUGGUGGAGCAGGGGGUGGUGGGCUCGGACUCCGUCGUGCCGGACCUGCUGGUGACGGCGUCUGGCGGCGCACUGGAUGCAGGUGCGGAGGCGAGCGACAAGCAGGCGGUGGAUGUGAAUGAGGAAGCUGCUGGCAACAAGAGGAAGCUGGACAUCGCUGGGUUCGACGACCCGUCUGAUUCUGACGACGACGAGGAGUACAACUCUGGAGAUGAGGUGGAAGAGUGGAACCACAAGUCCUUCAUUGAGCAUGAAGCCAACAAGAUCAGGGAGAAGGGGAAGGCGGCGUACUACAAGUGGGGCAAGUUCAGGUGCCCAUACUGCACCACUAAGCCAAUUCCCAAGGAUGGGCUGUAUGAGCACCUUAUGUCCCAUGCACGCGGUGUAGCGACGAGUGGGAACGACGUGAAGAUCAGGGCAGAGCAUGCAGCCCUCCUAAAGGCUAUGGGUCCCAUCUAGUCACCCUUUGUGAAGCUGGUAGUGGUACUCAUCAUCAAUAUAGUUGAUGAUGUUUAACUUUUGCGCUAGUAUGGUUGUGAACUGUGAAUCUGGAAUCUGGAAGUGUUUGUGAACUGUUAAGUAGUAUGGCAGACUCUUAAGUAUGGCAGAGACUUAAUUAAUCUAGUAUGUCUCUGAAGUA